AUGAAGAUCCGGCGGCCAGUUCUUCUUGCUUCAUGGUGUCAGGCAUGUCGACCAUCUCUGGCGUCGUCCAGGCCAUCCCAAUCUCAGCACCAGUUCCGGCGGUUAGCCAAUACGGCACGCCUAGCAGACGAUGCCUUCCGCUAUACGUCUGGAAGAUGGCUCUAUAAUGAGAGGAAAAGGCUGGAGGAACGAUGUCUGCACUUUGACAUGGCCGCUUUGCGCCUUGCUGCAGCACGGUCCCUGAAUCGCUCCGAAGAAGACAUCAUCUCCAUCAUCAAGCUGGCGGAGGGCGGCUUCAACCGAGUCUUCACACUGACCAUGCGAGACGGGCUGCAAGUCAUCGCACGUCUGCCGUAUCCUUCCAAUCAGCCCAGAUGCCUCGCUACCGCCAGCGAAGUCGCUACCAUGAAUCUCGUUCGCAGCCAUGGAGUUCCAACACCGGCUGUAUACGGACACUCGACGGACUGCUACAGUUUCGUCGGCUCGGAGUAUAUCCUGAUGGAAAAGAUGUCCGGUCGAUGUCUUGCGGAUGUCUGGUUUGAGCUCUCGGACUCGCAGCGUGUCAAGGUGUUGGGUGAGAUUGUAGAUCUGGAAGUCAAGCUGUUCAAUAUCGAUUUUCCUGCGUACGGGAGCAUCUAUCAGAAUGCAGAUCUGCCGGACGGGUUUGAUCGCGUGCAGAUUGGACAACGGGAAGGCAAAUUCUGCGUAGGACCGGAUGUCUCUCUCAAGCACUGGUUUGGAACAAGAUCCUAUCUGGACUUUAGAAGGGGGCCGACCGCUGAGAAGGAGGUUAUGUGGCUACGCACGCACGGAAGACCAAGGCUGCCAUUUGAUCGUGAGUUUCGCGAAAUGUUCGACUACCAGAAGACAGAUCCGAAAGAGCACUUGCAGGCACUUGAGGCCUACCUCGAAGUCGCGCCAUACAUCGUGCCAAGCGAGAAGUGGCUGCACAGGCCGAUCCUCAGACACCCGGACCUGACCCCAAACAACAUCUUCGUUGACGAGGACUAUAGGAUCACCGGCAUCAUCGAUUGGCAGCAUGCUUCUGUGCUGUCACUAUUCCUUCACGCCGGCAUCCCCAAAUCCUUCCAAAACUACGGCGAUCCGCAGUCGGAGGAGUUGCAGAAGCCGAAAAUGCCCAGUCCCGAUGAUUUGGACGAGGACGAGGACGACUACCGAAAAGACUUAGAGCUUUAUCGCCGUCGACACGCCCAUUACUAUUACGUCGCAGCGACGGCCUCAAAGCUGAACAUGCAUUGGAAAGCCAUGACCCAGGCUCGUGGACUGUUGCGAAGAAAGAUCUACGAGCAUGCCGCCGAGCCUUGGGAAGGCAACAGUAUCCCGUUGAAAGCCGCCUUGGUUCAAUUGAUGUCCGACUGGCCGGCGUUAGGAGAUCCUAACGUUGCUUGUCCCAUCGACUACAGCGAGGCAGAGGUCCACGACAUCAUGCAGAAUGCCUCAGCGCAGGAGGAGAUGGACCGACAGAUGGCAAUUCUGCGUGAUGUGAUUGGCGUCACUUCGGAUGGUUGGAUGCCUUGCGAGAGUUAUGGCGACGCCGUGGAUCGAGCUGCUGAGAUGAAGCAGAGUGCAUUGCGCGAUGCGGAUGAUGAAGUUGAGAGGGAAAUGAUCCGGGCUCAUUGGCCGUUUGACGACUUUGACGAAGAUUCGUGA